AUGCAUUCCUACUCUUCAUCUCCCGAUACAGACUCUGUCUUUGUUUUCGGCACCUCGCUUGCCAUGAGGCUCCAAGAGAAUGUCUCACUGAUACUGGGCAUUUCGGCUAGCAUGGUACUCGUCUGCGUGACGCGCUACCUGCAAUCACCAUGGCGCAAAGUACCCCCAGGACCGCCAGGCUUGCCAUUUAUCGGCAAUGCGCUCGAGCUUACUGGCGACCAGUGGCUGCGAUAUAGCGCUUGGAGGAAAGACUACGGUGAUAUUAUAUACCUGAACGCCAUGGGCAAACCUAUGGUCAUCCUCAACAGUCCCUCCAUCGCUACUGAGCUACUUGACCGUCGAGCAACUAUCUACUCGGAUCGCCCUACCAUGAUUGUGUCGAAUGAGAUCAUGUGUGACGGCCUCAUGCUUCCCAGUGUCUCGUAUGGCGACAAGUGGAGACGGAUGCGCAAAGCAUCGCACGAAGCGCUCAACAAGGUUGUAGCUGACGGCUUGAACGAGUAUCAGGUCGAGGAGGCUAUGGUUCUCGUCCGAAACACGAUGCGGGACGCAGCCGGUUGGGACCAGUUAAUCCGGAGUGCUACUGCAAGCAUGAUGCUCCGUGGCGUGUAUGCCGAAGCGCCUGUGUUAGAUGAGUGUGACGCUCGCGUGUAUGAAGUCAACGAGAUUGCAGCGACACUUUCAUCCGCUUCUGGAUUGGGAGCCUAUUGGGUUGAGAUCAUGCCCUGGAUGCGCCACGUGCCGAGCGUCUUCGCUCCUUGGAAGCGCAAAGCUCAGGAGAUCUACGAGCGUAACAAUGCACUCUUUCACCGCUUACUUGAUCGCGUACAGAAGGGCGUGGAUGAUGAAACCGAGCCCACGUCCUUUUGUGCAACGCUCAUCCGCGAGCGCGAGCGCUAUGGACUCCAUACACAUGAGAAUGCUUGGUUAGCCGCCUCCAUAUACACGGCCGGCUCCGACACGGUGCGCGCGGUGCUCAGCUGGUGGACUCUUGCCAUGCUACUCCACCCCGAGGUUCAAAUGCGCGCUCAGAAUGAGCUGGAUGCCGUAGUUGGUCGUGCCAGGCUCCCGACGUUCUCUGAUAUGCCUCAUCUACCGUAUGUCAGUGCCAUCAUCAAGGAGGUGAUUCGUUGGCGGCCGGCGACACCGCUUGGACUGCCCCACAGAAGCACUGAGGAUGACAUCUACGAGGGAUACUUCAUCCCGAAAGGGACGGUCGUCAUCCCGAAUGUAUGGGAGAUGAACCACGAUCCCGCCACUUUCGGUCAAGAUGCACACCUGUUCAAUCCUGAGCGCUUUCUGGGUGAGAACGGCGAGCUGCUCUCCACGCUUCCCGGUUCAAAGGACGAUGGUCACUACGCUUUUGGAUUCGGACGGCGGAUCUGUGUUGGGAAGCACGUCGCGAACAACAGUCUGUUCAUCGACGUAGCCGUCUCGCUUUGGGCAUUUUCAUUCGUUAAUGUCAAGGGUCAGAGCCUUGAUGCAGAUGGCUGCAUCAACGAGGGAGUUGUUGUCGCGCCCAAACACUUCGAGGUCGAUGUAGAACCUCGCUUCCCGGAAGCACUCGCUCUGCUCUCUCAGGAGUGCGAACUUCGCGGGCGGUGA